UGAUGACGGAAACAUAAACACCUCAUUCCCGGCCCCAAUGGUUCCCUCUUGUUCUUGGACGCCACUCACUCUUUUGUCAUGGCGACGUUCAGUUUAUUACAUGCCGCUCUUUUCUUCUGGGUGGCUCUGGUAGCUGCCCAGAGUUCCAAUCUUGAAGUUCUCAAGCAUAAGGGCUGUUAUCGGGGAAGAUCGCCGAAUUUUGUUGUUGGUGGAUUUUCACGGAACGAGGUUCAACGACAGAAGUGCCUCGACACUUGUCGCCGACGCGGUCAGCAAUGGAUUGCGUUCGAUUCCAUUAAUUGCUUUUGCAGUGAUGUUGCGCCUCAGAAUUAUCAUAAAGUCGAUAAUAACCGCUGUAAUGCGCAGUGCAUCGGUAUCUUGGAUGGUGACUGUGUCAAGCAGCCAAGGAACCAUGCCUUUAAGGAGGAGGACGAACUUUACGGCGUUUUCUUCAUCCCUUCUACGGCCAAUGAUGAAGCAAAUGGACUGCCAUCGCAUCACAGACUGGGACCAUCUGUUCAGCCAACCGAAUCUAAGCAACUCGCGACAAACCGUGGCAAGGUUGGUAAGAUCACGGCGCAGGGAUGCUAUCAUGUUACGAUGCGUCCGUCAUUUCGCAAGAGGAUGUUAAUUCGCGACGAUGACUCCCGCCGAGAAUGCGCCAAGGCAUGCGCUGAAGAUGGAAAGCCUCUUGCUUUCAUCAGUGGAAACGCUUGCUAUUGUGGUAGAAGGUACCCCCGACCAGACUCCAUUGUCGGAGCCUACAAGUGUUACAUGCCUUGCUUGAGCGACGACGACGAUCGAUGCCAGCGUGCAACCCAGUACAACCCAAUUCGCCACAGUCCUUAUAUUGCUGUCUACGACACUGGCCUUGGUGUUGAUGUUGAGAUCCACGAUCCUUUCACUACACCACAAAGCUCUCAGGAGAUAUCACCCAAGCAUACUGAGCCGAAUGGGCAUCCCGGACAGGCUUGCUACAGCAAAGUUCCUACAAACACCGUAUCCAAACUGUUUGCGGGCAAUAGUCCUAUGCUCUGUCAUCGCUUCUGUCAACGAAAGGGUCGUAUAUAUGCGUUCACCUUGGAUCAGAUCUGUCACUGCAGCAAUGAAUACCCCGACAAAAAAGACGAGCUUCCUGAUUCUCAGUGCAAUGUCCAGUGUCCCGGAACAAGUCUUUUCAACUGCGGUGGCAACAACGUCGCGUUCAGCGUUUACAACCUCGGCCCUGAGAGGAGACCCGUCAUCGAGCCUAAGCCUAUAAGACAGAUUGGACGGUGCUUCUCAGAUAUCCCCAUUACUGCAAGCCGCAUACCACUCGACGCAGGUGCAGUUUCAAAGCUUCCUUCAUCUUGCAUUGACUCGUGCAAAGCCGCUGGACAAGGUGUUGCAUUCAUCAAAGGCUCGCAAUGUCACUGUGCCCAAGGCUAUCCUCGCUCAGGCUCCACAACAGACCUUCGUGAAUGUCAGAUCCCUUGCGCCGGUGAUGCCCAGUACUCCUGUGGAGGCUACGGUGUUACUACAAACACCUUUUCAGCAUACAGAACUGGCUACGCUGGUGGAAGAUACCGCAUCCAACAAGAGUCCGAUAACAAGGGCCAUAUGCAAAAGCCUUAUCAGGAGCCAAGAUUAGGCCAUGUUACAUCACAUGGCUGCUACAAUAUGCAAUCUGCUACCUUGACUCACAAGAAGCUUGAGAGCAUGAAUAGCGUUGAUCAAUGCGCUCGCUAUUGCCAACGCGAGGAUAAGCCUGUUGCAGCUGUUCAGCGAGGUUGGUGUUUGUGCUCUGACACGUACCCAGCGAAGAGCGCACGGGUCGAUGAUGCUCAGUGUGCGAAUUGGUGUCCUGGUUGGUCUCGUGAAGCUUGUGGCGGAAGGAGAACUUGGAGUGUUGUGAACACGGGAAUUAUCACUAACGUGGUGGAUGAUGAGCUUGAGACCGAGGAAGUCAAGCGACCCGUUGAAAUCGCGAAACGCCCAACGGAGAUGAGACUGUCCAAGCUAAAACCCCAUGGCUGUUUCAUCCUUCCUGGCUUCACCUCUUCGUACCCUGCACGUGUCAGGAUUACAGGACCUUAUCGAAGCCCCAACAAAGAUUCUUGCAAUCACCAGUGCAGUAUCAAGGGAUAUUCUGUUGCGCUUCGCCAUGGGGCUAGAUGCUUCUGCUCCAACAAGGUUCCCGAGGAAUCUGCGCGAGUUAGCGACGAUAAAUGUUGGUUUAAUUCCAUCUUCGAUACACGCGAGCAGUGUGGCGGACCUGAUGAUGCUUACUCUGUAUACCGUCUCGGUUCCAACUUGUCUGAUCCUGAGGAAAAGGAGAUUCCCAAGGGCGAUAACCUUAGUAACUCUCCUGUGAAGAGACCACAGUGUCUGCAUCAUGGGAUGGAGCGCAUCUAUGAGACUUCAUCGUGGGCUAUUACCAAGACUGGUGAGUUUGCUCAGAAUGCCCGAGAAGCAUUUGAUGGACUCCUUGACAAGGCUCAAGAUGUCUUUGAUGCCUGUCUUUGGAGGGUGAUGGUUGCGUUCUCAGAUGCUAUGUAUAGUUUGGGAUGGAGAUCUAGCUCAGGCGAUGUUGAUCUAUAGGAUACAGUGAUAUAUAGUCUCUUAUGUUGUUUUACAGGAAUCUCAACAGUUCAUACAGAUGACAUAUUAAUAGUUUACUGAGAGUGACCUACGUAACUGAAGUGUAACCGCCAGGUGCAGUACAAGAAUG